ACUGCAUACAAACUGACAAGUGAUUUUACUACUGGAUAGCAAAAGUGUAUUUACCUACAAAUUUAUGUCUUUGUGUUUAAGUAUUACUAAUUUAAUCUGAAAUAUUAGUGUUUUAAAUAAUACUGUGAUAUCCACAUAAUAAAAAGGGCCACAUCCAGACACGGAAUGACCAAAUAAAUUGCAAUGGAACACUGACUUUUGAUCAUUCAGUUCGCGAUUGCUUAUUGAUAAGGAAGAGGAAACUCCAAUACUAAUUAAUAUUGUUAUAAAUACAUAAACAAACUAAAAAUGUCGGUGCUUUUAACUGCAGAUUGGUUCCAGUUGGACUCCUAUUAUAGGAAGUUUGACCUAUACAUGAUGAACUGGAAAAUGGACGAAGGCCUUGGCAAUAUGAUUGUAUGUGGAGCUCCUUAUGGCGGUCCAAUGGCUGUGAUGAGAGACAAGAAACAGUUUGUGCAAAUCAAGACUACCACCAAGCCUGUUAUCACUAUAUACAAUUGUGCUGGCAAUAUUAUAUCCAAAAUAUUGUGGAACAGCGGUGUAUUGGUACAUAUGGGCUGGUCAGAUUCCGAACAGCUUCUAUGCAUUCAAGAGAGUGGUGAUGUCCUCAUUUACGACAUGUUUGGAGCGUACCAGAAAACAUUCAACUUGGGCCAAGAAGUUAGAGACACAAAGGUAUACAAAGCACAAGUAUUCCAGAACUCACAUGGCAUCGGUAUAGCAGUGAUCACCACUACAAACAGGAUGUUCAUGUUGAACAAUGUCUCCGUACCAAAAGUUAGAUCACUACCCGAUAUUCCAAAGCCUAACGAACCUAUAUCGAGUUGGUGCGCAAUGGAUUCUGGUUUCCUCGUAUGCAGAGACAAGGAAAUUUACAAAUGCCAGCUUGGUGAAUCCAGAGCUGUGCUUUUGCGUCCAGACAUACGAAACGCUUACACUCAAAUACUGUCAAUAGUGGCUUCACAGAACGGUAAACAUAUAGCCCUAUUCACUGACUCUGGUUGUCUAUGGAUCGGGUCGUCAGAUCUGAAAACGAAAUAUUCGGAAAUAGACACGGGACAUAUAAAACAACCUAAAGAACUGUUGUGGUGCGGUUCCCAAGCCAUUGUAGUACAUUGGGAUGAUUUACUAUGCAUGUACGGAACCAAAGGCAACUCUGUAUCUUACCCCUACGACGGUCCAUUCCACCUCAUACAAGAGAUGGAUUGCGUUCGAGUCGUGUCCGAAAUGACCCACGAACUGAUACAGAAAGUCCCGUUUGUCGUCGAAAAAAUAUUUAGGAUCAAUAGUACUGCCCCUGGAUCAUAUUUGGUUGAAGCUUCUAGGCAGUUUCAGAAACGAAGCCACAGAGCGGACGAGUACAUUAGGCUAGUGAAGCCCGACCUAGCCAUCGCCGUGCAGGACUGUAUAGAGGCGGCGGCGUUUGAGUUCAACACCGAGGUACAGAAAAUGCUCAUAAGGGCGGCGCAGUUCGGGAAGUGUUUCCUCGUGGACCAGGAGUUGACGGAGCUGUACGUGAAGACCUGCAGGUCGCUGCGGGUGCUCAACGCCAUCAGGGACCCUAAAGUGGCGAUACCACUUACGUCGGUCCAGAUGAGCACUCUGCGCGAGCUCGUGGUGGUGGACCGGCUGGUGUGGCGCCGCCUGCACUGCCUGGCCGCGCACGCCGCCGCCGCGCUGCAGCUGCGCGACGGGCGCACUGGGCUUGCUACAAGGUACUGUGCCUACUGGAUGUCGGUAGAGGUUCCUCAGCGGUGGUGCAGGAUGAGCACUCUGCGCGAGCUCGUGGUGGUGGACCGGCUGGUGUGGCGCCGCCUGCACUGCCUGGCCGCGCACGCCGCCGCCGCGCUGCAGCUGCGCGACGGGCGCACGCGCGUGCUCUCGCACUGGGCUUGCUACAAGGUAUCUCAAACGCACGUGGACAACGAGAGUGCCGCUCGCGAGAUAGGCGAGAAACUUCGCAACGUGCCGGGCAUUUCGUACACAACCAUAGCCAUGAAAGCGGCCGAGAAGGGAAGGAAGGCGCUUGCUAUUAAGAUUCUAGAAUACGAAACACAUAGUAAGCUGCAAGUGCCGUUGCUACUGUCCCUUGGGGAGGGACACACGGCGCUCCUCAAGGCAACCAUGAGCGGAGACACCGACCUCGUGUACUACGUGCUACUCCAACUCAAGGAGAAAAUGAGCAAGAAUGAAUUUGAAAUGGCGAUCCGCGGCUUCCCCCUCGCCCACGCGCUGUACAUAAAGUACUGCGCCAUCCACAACCGCGAGGCGCUGCGCCAGGUGUACGUACAAGAGGACAACUUCCACGGACAAGUCGCGACACACAUCCGCGACGCCAUCGACGAGACCAACCCGGGCAGCAUCGAGGCGUCGCUCAUAUCCGCCAGGGAGUGUUAUAAGAAGGGCAAGAAUGAUUUUGGUGCAGCGAUAUGCGAGGACGCUAGGAAGCUUUGCAAACAACAGUCGAGUCUACAAGAGACGUACGGAACGAGCUUCGUCGGUCUCUCGCUCCACGACUCCGUGAAGAAACUCCUCGACCAGGGCGAAGUGAAGUUAGCUGAUAAACUCCGUUCAGAAUACAAGAUGCCUGAUAGAAGGUACUGGUGGCUUAGAAUCCUAACGCUGGCAGAGAAAGGUGACUGGCAGGAACUGGAUCGAUUCUCAAAGGCCAAGAAAUCUCCCGUCGGGUACGAGCCGUUCGUAGACGCGUGCCUCCAGUACAACGAGCAUGAUGAAGCAUUGAAAUAUUUACCGCGAUGCAAGGACGAGAUUAAAGUCAAGUACUACGUCAAAGCUGGAUUCUAUGAGAAAGCCGCCGAAGUCGCCUUCGAGCAGAAAGACGAAGGCGCCCUGCUAUACGUUCAAAACAAAUGUCCACUACAAGACUCGGUGACACGCUCUAAAAUAUCAGCUCUUUUGGAACUAUUAGUUACUAAAAAGUGAUCAGAUAUAUUAAUCGGUAUAAAUGAUCUGAUUAAUGCAAUAUUUAAUUUUAAAUGAUAUCUACACAUAAAAAAAGUGUCUGUAAUGUAAUUAAGGCUUUUCCACAAGCUUGUAAAUGGAGAUCUAGAGUC